AACCCUGGUCCCGGGGAAAGAGGGAGGUGUUCGCGUUUGGAGGCUCCGGUGGGCCUCGCGGCGGGCCGGGUCCCAAUUCGCCCCGCGUGGGGAACACGAGCUCGAGCCGGACCCGGGGGCGACGCGCGGAGCGGCUGGUCCAGUCAUGGCAGACUACUGGAAGUCGCAACCAAAGAAAUUCUGUGAUUACUGCAAGUGUUGGAUAGCGGACAAUAGGCCUGAAAGCCGUGAGCCUUCUUCCUUUUCAUCAGCUUAAAUUUGAUUGUAUAUUAAGCGAAAUUAUUUCUCUGUGGUCCUUCAAUCACAUUCAGAAAAUGGACUAGUGUUGAAUUUCACGAAAGAGGAAAGAAUCAUAAGGAGAAUGUGGCAAAGAGGAUCAGUGAGAUUAAACAGAAAAGCCUGGAUAAGGCAAAGGAAGAAGAAAAGGCAUCAAAGGAGUUUGCCGCAAUGGAGGCAGCUGCCCUGAAAGCAUACCAAGAGGAUUUGAAAAGGCUUGGCUUAGAGUCAGAUAUUUCAGAGCCAAGCAUAUCACCAGUAACAAGCAGUAUCCCACCCACCUCUGCAUCAAAUCAGCAGAAGGAAAAGAAGAAAAAGAAAAAAGACCCUUCAAAGGGUAGAUGGGUAGAAGGCAUAACCUCUGAGGGUUACCAUUACUAUUAUGAUCUUAUCACAGGAGCGUCCCAGUGGGAGAGACCAGAAGGAUUUCAAGGAAACUUAAAAAAGACAGCAGGGAAGACUGUUUGGGUAGAAGGAGUUAGUGAAGAUGGUUAUACCUACUACUAUAAUAUAGAAACAGGAGAAUCCAGAUGGGAAAAACCUGAUGAUUUCAUUCCACACUCUGGCGAUCUGCUUUCUAGUAAGGUCAAUGAAAAGUCACGUGAUACCCUAGAAGAGUCUAAAUCAUCAGAUUCUCAUAGUGAUUCUGAUGGGGAAAAGGAAACAGAAAAAGGAGAGGCCUCUACAGAAACAUCAAAGCCAAAAAUAAAGUUUAAGGAGAAAAAUAAAAACAGUGAUAAAGGAACUGAACCAGAAAUGCAGAAAGAAAAAAGUAUCCAAGAGCAAAAUUCAUCAGGUCCAAAUGAAGAAAAGUCCAAAGCUCGUAAAAAAUCAAACCCAUAUGGAGAAUGGCAAGAAAUUAAACAACAAGUUGAGUCUCAUGAGGAGGUAGACUUAGAACUUCCAAGCACUGAAAAUGAAUAUGUGUCAACUUCAGAACCUGAUAUUGGUGGGCAACCCAAAGUGAUAUUUAAAGAAAAAACAGUCACUUCUCUUGGAGUCAUGGCAGAUGGAGUGGCCCCAGUCUUUAAAAAGAGAAGAAUUGAAAAUGGAAAAUCUAGAAAUUUAAGACAACGAGGUGAUGAUCAAUAAUUACAAAAGGGCUUUUUGUACUUGCUGUUUGGACAUCGUGGAGACUAUGCAUUUUGAAGCUCCUCUGUGUUUAAAUGCUAAAAAUUUAGAUUUAUUCUAAAUGUAUUUUAUGUGAAUCUAAAAUAAAUCUUUUUUCAUGUGAAACUUAUUUUUGCUCCUAAAAUGGAAGCCUACCACAUUUCAUUGUAAUACAGUGUAUUAUGUUCAGUGUCUGAAAAUUGCUAUUUAUGACAAAUAUAAGAUGCUAUGUAUCUGUUAAUUAAAACACGGAAAAGCAAGGCCUUUAUCAUUCUUACUCAAAAGCACAUUCUUAUCCUGCACUGAAAAUGCAUUACUUUUGCACACUAAUAUUAAGUUACCCAAGACAUAAGAAUCAGACCACAUAAGAGAAAAUUCACAGGCCCGUGAUGGUUCAGUUCUGAGGGUCCUGUCAGAAGGCUGAUGGAGAAGUGUAUGUGUGUCAGCUUACCGUACUCAGUUUAAGGUUAAGGGCCAAAGAACAGGAUUGCUACUCAGGUACUUUAAAUGUAGUGCUUAAUAUGGAAGGAAAAUUGGACCAAAGGUAGAAAUGUGUAUUUUCCCAGUUCAGUUCAAAGCAACAAGCAUUGCUUAAACAUUAUUACUUUACGCUAGGCAUUAUGCUACGAGCUGAAGAUAGAAAGAUGAAUAAGACAUACAUCUCUGUUCUUCCUGACUUCCCAUGCUAGCAUAGUUGUUCCCGCAGCCAUGCACUCUGUUUAACAGCCUCAUAUGUACUGGAAAAUAAUUUUUAAGGCUUAUUUAAAGCUAUGUAGAUGAAAGCUUGAAAAAAAUAGUAUAGUCUCUGGCUUCAGUAAAGUUUUUAGUGUUCCCUUAGACAAUUGGGAAAUGUCUAUUUUCUAGUUAAAUUUCUUUAAAGUAGACUUUUCUUAUUUUAUCCAUUUGAAGUAGGUUUCUUCCCUUUAUUACUCCAAAUUCUUAAAAUUAUA